GGCGGCGGGAUGAACGCGCCUCCGGCCUUCGAGUCCUUUCUCCUCUUCGAGGGCGAGAAGAAGAUCACCAUCAACAAGGACACGAAGGUGCCCAACGCCUGCCUGUUCACCAUCAACAAGGAGGACCACACGCUGGGGAACAUCAUCAAGUCGCAGUUACUGAAAGACCCCCAGGUGUUAUUUGCGGGGUACAAGGUCCCGCACCCGCUGGAACACAAAAUUAUCAUCCGUGUCCAAACCACCCCUGAUUACAGCCCCCAGGAAGCGUUCACCAAUGCCAUCACGGAUUUGAUCAGUGAGCUCUCCCUCCUGGAGGAGAGGUUCAGGGUUGCUAUUAAAGACAAACAAGAAGGAAUCGAGUAAAAUCACCCCAUUUAGAGUGGACUGUACUUCUGAGGCAGAAUGAUGUGUCUGUUAGUUGAAUGCUGUAUUUAAACCUCCGUUCAUGGCAAAUAUUUUCCCCCUUCUCCCACGUAUGUUUAAUUUUUGACAGCAGCAGUGAUAUUUUGAGGUGUGUUGUUUUUUUGGUUUUUUUUUUUUUAAUACCAGACAGGCACUUUGCCAAGAGGAUAAAUGUCUUGUUUGAUUUGAUGGAUAAGUCAUUAAAAUGAUUUCUACUUUUCUAA